ACACACAUAUUUUGGUACAUUCUUAAUAUAUUUUGUGCUCUCACAGACCCCCGACCAAAGCCUCCUUCGCAGGGAACUUCAAAUGUGAGAAAACGAGUGAUUAUUGGGAUCCUCAUUGGAGUUCUGGUGCUCGCCGUUAUUGGUGUAGUGGCAGUGACCAGCGUUCCAUGUACAUACCAGUGUGACAGUGGCUGGGAGCUGAAUGGAACAAAGUGUUAUUAUUUCUCCACAAAUAAAUUAACAUGGACCCAGAGCGAGGAGGAAUGUGUAACUCUGGGUGGACACCUGGUGAAGAUAAACAGCAGAGAAGAGCAGAGUUUUCUGUAUAAAAGACUGAGAGAUUUAAUGACAGAGAAUGAAGACAAGUUCUGGAUCGGACUGACAGACUCUGAGUCAGAGGGUGUGUGGAAAUGGACCGACGGCUCUUUACUGGACACAAAUUUAACAUUUUGGUUUAAAAAUGGAGCCCAAACUGAACCGGACAAUUGGACAUAUAACAAUAAAUAUCCAGAAGGAGAAGACUGUGUGAGGAUGGGAGAGAAAACAGAUGGCUAUGAGUACAAAUGCUGGUUUGAUAAACACUGCAACACACUCCAGCGAUACAUCUGUGAGAAGAACCCAAACUGUAUAAAAUAGAAAUUACAUUAAACAAUAACUUCUUUAGUUUAUUCUUUUUACCAUGUUAAUACAAACUCAUUCAUUUCCAGUUUACAGCUACUUUCCCGUUUAGUCGUCCAGGCACUGCCCACUUUGGAUCUUGUCUGGACCGUGACUGUGGGCAGAGUUCAGGUGUUUAGUCCCACUUUAAUAUUCUCUUUAUGUUAUUGUAUUGACUGGAGUUUGAGCUAAACUUUGUUAUUAUUCUAUGUUGUAAAAAUGUACAUAUGUGUAUAAGCUCUUUAUAACUUACUUGUUGUUAAAAAUGUUAAAAGUCACUGUAAGAUUUUGGAUGUGGAUUUCUCUGAUGGCUCUAUCUGCAUUAACCGAUUAAAAAUAAAAAUAAAAGAUAAAUAAUAAUUA